AGUUGUAUCUAAAUCAACAUCAAAUACUUCUCUAGAAUCUUAUAUUCAUCAAAAGAAUGCUAAUGACACAAUACUAUAUGAGCCUUACUAUAAGAUUCAAAUUGUUGAAAUUAUUGGUGAUGGUAAGGUUAUUGUAGAUGUUAUAUUGGAAAACGGCGAUAAAGAUCAAUUAGCUAACAUAAUCAGAUAUGAUGAUGAACAAUUAAAAAAAAAAUCAAAGGCAGAUAAAUUAAUCAAAUCUUCCAAAUUUACUAUGUUAUCUAAAGACUCUCAUAGUAACGCUGUAGUCUUUACAAUGCUAUAUGAAGAGAAAAAAAAUGAAUUAUAUUUACUAUGCAAGAGCAAUAUACAGUAUAUAGAAAAUGCACAUCCACUUCACAGAGAUAGCUACAUAAUAGAUUUUGUAAUUUAUGUAAAGAUUUAA